GGGACUUUCUCUUCAGGUUUCUUUUUCUUUUUCCUUUUUUCAGGCAGCGGAGUGAUUGCAUGCAGGAGGACGGAGGGGUUGAGUCGUGCGCUGUCAGAGGGGAAGACUGGAGUUGUUGUCUCUCUCUACCAUUCUCUCUCUGUUUCUCGCUCUGGUCUGCGUCUUCUGCCUGCUCCGUCAGAAUAACAUUAAGACACACAGACACACUUGGGAAGUCUUUGGACACCGUUAACAGAAGGAAAGCGGCUUCUGUUUCCUUUAGCAGACAACCUCUUCAUUCCUCACUGACUCCAGACAGCCUGACCCUGCCUUCGCUGCACCCUGAGGCCAGUCCCAGUCCAGUGAGCCCUGAGCCAGCCACGCCCGGAGCACAGUCCCCCUCCCAGCUCCAGUACCGCAGCAAAGCACCACACCGACACUUCUCUAUGGUGGAUGUGAGUAAGCGUAUGUCUCUGCCCAUGGACAUCCGCCUGCCUCCAGAGAUCCUCAAAAAGCUGCAGAUGCAGAGAGAAAUGGAGAAUGAGAACAACUCUCCUCCCUGCAAACCCCUCAGCCGCAUGUCCCGACGGGCUUCACUGUCUGACAUUGGCUUUGGAAAGCUGGAGACGUACGUGAAACUGGGAAAACUGGGAGAGGGGACAUAUGCCACGGUGUUUAAGGGGCGGAGCAAAUUGACGGAAAACUUGGUGGCGCUGAAAGAGAUUAGGUUAGAGCACGAGGAGGGAGCGCCCUGUACAGCUAUCAGGGAAGUGUCUCUACUGAAGAACCUAAAACAUGCCAACAUUGUCACGCUGCAUGACAUCAUACACACAGAACGCUCCCUCACUCUAGUCUUUGAGUACCUGGACAGUGAUCUGAAACAGUACCUGGACAACUGUGGAAACCUCAUGUGCAUGAACAAUGUCAAGAUCUUUAUGUUCCAGUUGUUACGUGGUCUGUCCUACUGCCAUAAGAGGAAGAUCCUUCACAGAGACCUCAAACCUCAGAACCUGCUCAUCAAUGACAAGGGAGAGCUCAAACUAGCAGACUUCGGUCUGGCCCGGGCCAAGUCUGUGCCAACUAAGACCUACUCCAACGAGGUGGUGACUCUAUGGUACCGCCCCCCUGAAGUACUGCUGGGUACCACAGAGUACUCUACACCCAUCGACAUGUGGGGCGUGGGAUGUAUUCUAUUUGAGAUGGCGACGGGUCGUCCCAUGUUCCCCGGUUCCACAGUGAAGGAGGAGCUGCACUUAGUCUUCAGACUCAUUGGUACACCAACCGAGGACAGCUGGCCAGGUAUCUCCAAUAAUGAUGAGUUCAGAUCCUACAUGUUCUCCCAGUACAAACCUCAACCACUCAUCAACCACGUGCCCAGGCUGGAUAGUGAGGGGAUUGACAUGCUUACUGCUCUACUCCUGUAUGACACUAGGACCAGAGUCUCGGCUGAAGCAUCUCUUAGACACCCCUACUUCCUCAGCCUGGGAGAGAACAUCCACAGCCUCGUAGACACCUCCUCGGUGUUUUCCCUCAGAGAGAUUCAACUGCAGAAAGACCCAGGCCACCGCAGCUCAGUGUUCCAGCCUCCAGGUCGAGGAAAGAACAGAAGACAGAGCAUAUUCUAAAGGAUGACCAGCCAGAGGGGUGCAGACCGGGAGAGUCUAUUCUAAGAAAGCCUCAAGGAGGAAUCGGAUUUGAAGACAAAACACACACCAAUCCCCCCAUACAAACACAAAUACAAACAUGGAGGUCAUAUCCAGAGCCCUAUACUACGAAUGUAGUUUGAGGAGUUAGCGAGGUCUCCUCUGAGUUCAACUUGGGUAACUGGUACCACGAAAGUGUCUCACCUUUUAGCCAGGUACAUUUUUAUGUCAACUAACCCUUCAGAUCUAACCUGCUCUGGGCCAGUCUAACUAAAAUACAUUUAAGUGUCUGAGCCACGAGUUAAGGACCAAUGAAAUCAGAUUCCCUCUCCCUCAAAGAUUGCAUCAUCCACAUCAUUUGAAGAAGACAACUGAUUAAAUAUUUUAUUAGUCAAAUGUUUGCGUGUAAAAAAUCCUAAUGUUAAAAUACCCAUUUUAUUAUUGACAAAUGCAUUUGAAACAUCACACACAGUAAAAAUGUUGUAUGACUUUAUAAAAUGUUUAUUGAUGGAGUGGGGAGAAAAUGUGCUCAUGCAUUGAUAACCACACCAAAGAAAUAACUCAAAACGUCACUUCUGAAAGUCGAUUUCAAAUAAUAUCCUGCUGAAUUUUGAUUUUGGCACAAAUGAAAAUGUGGCACUAACUUGCCCAUGAAUUGAUGUUUCAACAUUGUCUCAAUGAAGAGUUUGGGGUUCGACUAGUCACAUGCACGCACAGUUACAACCCUGCUAGGGUUAGCGGCAGGCGGACGAGCAAUAUCCACCGUUGUAGAACGGUUGAAGCCCGAGCUGGAAUUGGAAGCUAACUGAAGCUGGCUAGCUUCAAAAAACACUGAGUAGAUAGAUCUAGUUUGCAUCGUAGUAUACCCCUCUGGUCAACCUCAAAUGUCUUUCCUGGUUAAAUCAAAGUUAGAUGAACAAACAUAUCUGAUCCCCUCACGCUCCCGACAACAGAGAAUGGAUACAGACAGGGUUUCUGAGAAUGAGCUUGCACUGCACCUCAAAAGGUUUGGAGAUUAGGUCCCUCACUCCAUACAGAUCCUAUUAAAUUGCUAAAAGGAGCUAUGUCAUAAACCCUCAAAAGUUCCAGAAUGGGAUGAUAAUGGCAGCUAUUUUGGUCAGGGAGAAAUCCAAAACAGUCUAAUUGGAAUGAAAGGCAGUAGAGGCAUAAUCUUGAUUUUACUUAUGCAAGAAAAUAAAAGACGUGGUUUAGCAGAAAUUGUGUAAAACAUUGUCAUAUAAUUAUACCGUUUAUGGGGAUUUUUUUAAAACCAAUUCUCUAUAAAUAGCCUAUAGAAUGAAUAUAUAUUAUAUAAACAGACAAUAAAUGUCUAAAUUAUUGAUUCCUUCAAAAGCUAUAUGUUUUAUAUGAUACAAAAUCAGUACUUGUUGCAUUUGCAACUUGUCAGGGUAUGGCUAUUGAUUGACAGCAUUGUUUGUAUGGAAUGUUGGCAUAUUGGCAGUUAAUUUGACAAAAUAUUGGAAUCAUUCCACUUAAAAUGGUUGGCUAGUUAGAUAAACAUACUGUGCAGAUAAUCUUCAAAUUCAUUGUUUUACACAAUAUCUUAUCACAGAACUGGCUUAUCAACUCCCUUGCCAAAAUGGCUGACCUUUUAUACCGUCAUAAGAAGGUUAAUGUCCAUUCUCUGAUGCGCAGUCGGGCAUCAACCAUAAAAUGAAUGUUCAAAACAACAGUGACGAAAUGUGCAACCCAUAAAUAUUAGCAUUCUACUGUCAUGUUAGUAAUACACUGGAUUCCCACUGCUGAUUCUGGGGACUGACCAGGAACUCUCUCCCAUUCUCCUACUCAGUAACCUCCCCUCAGCCCCAUGCAGACAUCCAAGCCAACCAAUCACUCUGCAUGUUUCACUGACCUCUUCUCUUUUCGCCAUUUCUACUUCUCCCUUUCCAUUCCUUCUGUCCAAGCCUACCGUGAAUCUGCUAAAAGCUGUCUGCCCAGCACUUUCACAUCUGAUGAAGUAAAGGAGACAAGGAAAACUUUAGACUAACUAGAUGCAGUUAGCUUAACCACACGGGAGAAGACGACAAUACUCUUAUAGAGCUACCUUUCCAUGUGUCCUUUGCUUUCUCACCCCCAAACUGAAAGAAUUGAAGAGUUAGUUAGAUUACUCGUUGGUUAUUACUGCAUUGUCGGAACUAGAAGCACAAGCAUUUCGCUACACUCGCAUUAACAUCUGCUAACCAUGUGUAUGUGACAAAUAAAAUUGGAUUUGAUUUGAGGUGAAAGCAAUAUGGUGGACACUGUCAGUGGUCAUGAAGGAAAGAAGGUGAGAGUGAAGCCAUGUAAAAUAGUUGGGAUCCACUGGGAGAGAUGGUGAUAUGUGUGUUACACUUUAAAACUUCCCCUCUCUAUUUUAGCAACCCAUGGGGCAGAAGUAUUAUUGUAUGUGUUUUGUUGUGGUAAAUUAAGAUAUUUUAAGUACUGUAAUGAAAGGAAAUAUGUAUUUUGACAGAUGUUUUCAUGUUCUUUCUCAGUGAAUUUUAUGCCAGAUGAAACAAGAGAGGACUCUAUUAAAUGACUGUAGAUGUCUAAAUGUUUUAUAAAAGACAAGUAUAUUUAGAUUUUGUAUGAAAUGUGAUAUUCUUGUGUGAUUUGUUUACUGCGCUAUCAUUAAAACCAGAAACUGAAUGUAUUGUGACCGCCAAGAAGCCAAAAGUGAUCAAAUAAGAAAUAACAAAUAAAUGAAUACAUGAUAUCACUCUGUA